CACCGCCUCCUCUUCUUGCGGGUCUCGCUGAUAGUCCAUACCGGCGCGUCGGGUAGGACGCCGCGUGUCUAGUGUAUAUCUAGUGACUGUUACCGCUCGAUAUUUCUUUUUUCUUUUUCUCUUUGGGGAAACCAAGACAACCGGGCGACUCCGGGCAACUAUUAUGGAGUGUUUGAGCGGCGGCUAAAUGGGGGCCGAUGGACAUUUUCGCGUGACCUUGUCCCUCAGGAGGGAACCGGGCGCCGGUCCGGUCUUCUGUAAGAUGGAGACGUCUGCCAGGUUUCGACAGCUGAAGACGGUGAAGCUAAGCUGCGAUACGACCUACCGGCUCGACAUCAGCUUCAAGCCGCCGCAACUGCUGCAAUCCCUGAGCAUCGGCGGGAAACAAGUAGAGGCAGUCGAACGCGCAAGAAAUGGUACUGCGUGCGCCUACAGCGCUUAUCACAGCACCAAGGACAUAUCGGCAAGUGCACGUGGUCAUCGAGAGGAUUUGUCGAUCGCCAUGAAGGUCCUCGGGUCUGGCUACCUGACCACCUGCCUGCAGAUCAAGUAUUACCGGUUAGAUGAUCAGAGCCACUGCGAGUGGGGUGCCAGAUUACAUUGCAUCGAGCUUGAUUGCUCCAGCGUCGAGGGACGUCUCGUCACAGUGGACCGCGAGACCUACAGAAAGCUCGGCAUAGAAUCUUAACGAAACAUCAUCAUUAACUUCAUCGAUACCGACUCGUUAUUACGUUCGUUAUACGGCGACGAGAUACCCGACGCCGCGCCGAGCCGCAAUCGAUGCCUCUCAUGCGCAAUCGGCUGAAUACUUUAUAUUCGUAAAUGGUAAACGCAAAUUGUACCAGGGAUUACAGUAUUCAGAGAGUUCGGAUGAGUUAGGAUUAAUCUGAAGCUCGCACUUUUUGUCUAACGCACGCUUAGAUAAAAUCCGAAAUUUAUAUAAAAUUACGUAAACAAUGAUUUAUUUCAAAAUAAAUAUAAAAAUAGAAUUGGUAAUAUCGAUAAAGAGUUUAAUUUGAUAAUUUUUAAAUUGAGAUAUAUAUAUAUAUAUAUGUACAAUUUUUUUUAUGUAAAAAAUAGGAGUCUAAAAAUUUUGUCUAAAAUUUGUAUAAUUAACACUUUGAGAAAAAUCUCUGAGAAAGGCUAUGAAAUGAUUUGAAUAAAGUUAAUCAUCAGCUCAUGAAAGAGCCUCUAUGGAAAAAUACUAUUAGACUCGCGAAAAACUAUUGGAAAUUAUUGAAAAACUAUUCGAAUACAAUAUUAUAUACUACUGUUUCACUGAUUUCUUUGUGAGUUCAAUAUUUUUCAUAAGGGAACCUUCGUCAGAAUGCUUUUAUUCAAUUUAGUAGUAAGUAAAUUACGUAGAAAUUUCGUUAAAGUAUUAUCUGGUGAUCGACGGAUAAUUGAGAUUGAUCGUCGUUAGCUGGCUGACAACAUUGCGUUAAUAGUGCGGAUUAAGUUAUUUCAGAGAAGCCUGAUGUAAACUGAUCUUUUGAGGUUUCGUCUUUAUCAAAGUCACCAAAGUUUUAUAUCAGAAAAAUUAUAUGCAAUUAAAUAUCAUUCUCAAAUUCGUGGAAACUUAAAAAUUAAGAUUUAUAAAUAUAUCUUAUAUUUCGGAAUAAAGCAGAGCUUUAUAUGCGUUAAUCGAAUACUGAUUACAUUGCAUCGAUUACAUUGCAGCAUCAUAGUAAUUACACAUACCAAGUUCAAGAUACAAGAUAAAGUACAAACAUCUAAUGCUGGAAUAAUCAAUUGUUAUUGUUUUAGUCGAUAUUUUUAGCUCUUUGACGAAGGAGUACUGCAGAAAUUAAUGAUAGAAAAACAAACUAUAAUACGAAUGCAAUAAUGGAAUAUUUAUGUACAUGGACGCCGUAUCAUAUGUCAAACGUAUGCGGCGUCAUUGAGUACCGAUUAAUACUUUAAUUGUCAAAUGAAUCAAUCGUGAGGCAAUAUGCCGUGAUGAGGAAGAGCGCAGCAUAUUUUUUUUUAAUUGAAAGCAUCAACAGAAAUUCUACUUUGUGUCAACGGCGCGGUGUUAGCUCUCGCGAAACUUCGAGAUCGAAGUGCACAAUGCACUUUUACGCCUAUUGUUAACACCAUGUGUUCGCUUCGAUGUUAUUUUUCCAUUUACGGUAAUUCUCGCAUCUUCUCAUUUUUUUGUUCUUGUUUCUUCGCAUUCUUUAAAGAAUGGAGGAUUUUUGUAGCGAGAAAGCUCGCUCGAUAUAUACGCGUUUAUCGCGUGUAAAUUAAUUGUAGAAGCGUUCUCGGACGCGAUCGUUACGAUAGGAACUCGAAGGCACCUCAAUACUCAAAAACUUUGGUAAUCAGCGAAACGACCAAUUAAUGCCUUUACGCUUACUGUAGUUGUGCAGAUCGUUUCUACUUUCUCUACUCGCGUUUAACGGAUUUCAACAGAAAUUAUCGUUGUGUAAAUGUAAUGCAUAUAUAUACAGAGUGAGUCUCGAUUAUAUUUCAGAGAGUGUUUCUAGGACAGAAAAGAAAUGUUAUAUGAAAACACGGAUUAAACAAUAUUUUCGAAGUUACAUCAAUUGUAUGGGCGUACUCGAGACGCGUGCAUGUAUUUAAGUAUUCAUGCGUAUGUACGUGUGGGUUUGUUAUACUAGCACUGCGCGAUCAUAGAAGACUACGAGUUCAUCCUAUUACAGAUGAGAAAGGAUUUACAAUGAAUCAAGCUUCAGAAAUCGCAAACGUUUCGGAAUGUUCUGCGAUCUCUUAUUCUUAAAUUCAUUACUGAAUGCGGUUGAAGUGUGGAAGUGCGAGAGAACGAACCGACCUUCCCGGUCGUAACAAUAUGUAUAAUGAAAGAUAUCACUCUGGUAUAAAAUCUAUAAAAAGAGAUAUACAUUAUUUACAUACAAUAAAUACAAAAAAUCACA